AUGCCCACUCUCCCAGCCCGAUAUGGUCGCUGGGGACCGAUCCUGGCCCCGGUGGUCAUGAUCCUGCUGAUGCUCCAUAUCCUCCAUUCCAACUUCGGGACCAACAGCACGCAGGACGUGAUCCAGCCCGCCCCAGGUCUAACAAUUGAUACACGCAACGGAACCGUCCCCAAACCCGAACAUAUCCCAUCAUCAUGUCCACCACUCCCCGGCAUGGAAGAUGUUCUCGUAGUGAUGAAGACCGGCAUCACCGAAGCCCAAGCCAAAGUCCCCGUACAUCUAAGAACAACGCUCCGCUGCAUCCCGCACAAGAUAAUCGUCUCAGACUUCGAGGAAGACAUCGCCGGCACGCAAACCCACGACGUCUUCCUCAAUGUCUCAGACACCCUCAAACUCGCAAACCAAGACUUCGCGAUAUACAAUCGUGCCCGCACAGGCGGCCGCACAGCACUAACCUCCCAAGACCGCACGAAAGUCGCCAACGGCCCCGCCGGCAUGUCUGACAAUCCAGGAUGGAAGCUGGAUAAAUGGAAAUUCCUCCCGAUGAUCCAUACAGCGCGUCGCGCGCGCCCAGACGCCAAGUGGUUCGUCUUCCUCGAAGCAGACACGUACCCGAUCUGGCCGAACCUGCUCGGCUGGCUGGCCCAUUUCAAUCCCGAGAAGGCUUUCUAUCUCGGGAAUCAGAUGCAGAUCGGGUCGAAUGUGUUCGCGCACGGCGGGUCGGGCUUUGUGCUGUCCCACGCAGCGAUCCAUGCCGUUGCGGAUUUCCACAAACUGCAUAUCAACGAGUGGGAUCAGAUCACGGAUCGCGAGUGGGCGGGCGAUUGUGUUCUUGGCAUGGCGCUUGCUGCGGCUGGUGUGAGCUUGACUUGGUCUUGGCCCCAUGUUACCAGUCAGUCGGUUUGGGAGCAGGAUAUGGUACAUGAGGGGUUUGGGAAGAAGCCUUGGUGUCAUGCCCCUUUUACUUUCCAUCAUAUGACGCCGGCGGAUGUAGAUCGGUUUUGGGAAUUCGAGCAGCAGUGGUUCGCCCACACAAACUCGAAUGUUCUGACAUACAGUGACAUCUUCCGUAACCUCGUCCGCCCGACUCUGGCUGAUAAUCUUGAUAAUUGGGAUAAUUCUGCAAGUGCGGGAGAUGAUAAGGAGGAUUAUGCCGGUCCUAAGACGCCUGCGACAUUCGAGGCUUGUGCGGAUUACUGCGCUGCAGACGCAGAAUGCACCCAGUAUCGGCUUACUGCAGACUUGCGUUGCACGACAUCGAAGGCCAUCCUGCGCGGCAAGCCGCAGCCAGGGACACGGUCAGGGACGAUGUUGUGGCGGGUUGAUGCUGCAAUAAAGGAUAUGGAGCAGUGCAAGAAGGUAAGAUGGGUGACUAGUUAA